UUAUUAUUCAUUUAUAGUUGAAAUACAAUAUUAUGUUAGUUUCAGGUGCACAUCAUACUGAUAAAGCUCAUACCCACCUGACACCAUACAUAGUUAUCAGAAUAUCAUUGACUACUGUAUAUUCCCUAUGCUGUACUUUACAUCCCCAUGACCAUUCCAUGACAGCCACUUUGUGCUUAAUGCCUUCCCCUUUUUCUUCCAUCACCCCAACACCCCUCCAUCUGUCAGCUGUCAAAAUGUUCUCUGCGUCUGUGAGUCUGUUUCUGGUCUGCUUGUUAGUUCAUUUUUUCUCAGAUUCAGUUGUUGGUAGAUAUGUAUUUAUUUUAUUGUUAAUAUUUUUUGUCUUUUUUUCUUCUUUUUAAAGAAGACCCUUUAAUAUUUCAUAUAAUUCUGGAUUGGUUGUGAUGAACCCCUUCAGGUUUUCUUAUCGGGGAAGCUCUUUAUCUGUCAUUUGACUCUAACUGAUAGCUUUGCUGGGUAGAGUAAUCUUGGCUAUAGGUCCCUUCUUUUCAUGACUCUGAAUAUUUCUUGCAGUCACUUGUAACCUGAAAAGUUUCUUUUGAGAAAUCAGCUGACUAUCUUAGGGGAAUUCCCCUGUAAGUAACUAAUUUCGUUUCUCUUGCUGAUUUUAAAAUUCUCUAUCUUUAACCUCUGGCAUUUUAAUGAUGUGUUUCAGCAUGAGUCUCUUUGCAUCCAUCUUGUUUGGGACUCUCUGUGCUUCCUGGACUUGCAUGUCUAUUUCCUUCACCAAAUUAGGGGAGUCUUCUUUCAUUAUUGUUUCAAAUACAUUUCCAAUUUCUUGCUCUUUCUCUUCUCCUUGUGGCACCCAUAUGGUGUGAAUGUUGGACUGCUUGAAGUUGUCCCAGAGGCUGUUUCAACUAUCCUCAUUUUUUUGGAUUAUGUCUUUUUUCUUCUUUAUGUCUGAUUGGUUGUUUUUUAUAGUUCUUUAUGUUCCAAAUCAUUGAUUUGGUUCUUGGCUUCAUUCACUCUACUGUUGUUUCCCUGUAAAUUGCUUUUUAUUUCAAUUAGUGUAUCCUUUGUUUCUGACUGGAUCUUUUUUAUGCUGUUGAGGUCUUCAUUGAGUUCCCUGAGCAUCCUUAUAACCAGUGUUUUGAACUUUGCAUCUGAUGGAUUGCUUAUCUCCAUUUUGUUUAGUUCUUUUUUUUUUUUUUGGAGUUUUGAUCUGUUCUUUCAUUUGAGCCAUUUUUUUCCUCAUUAUUGCAGCCUCCCUGUGUUUGUUUCUAUCUAUUAGGUAGAGCUUCUAUGACUCCCUGUCUUGGUAGCAUGGCCUAAUAUAGUAGGUGCCCUGCAGGGUCCAGUGGCACAGCCUCCUCUAUCACCUAAGGUGGGUACUCGAGCUGUGCCCUUCAUGUAGGCUAAGUACACCCUCCUCAUGUAGUUGAGUCUUUGUUGCUGUUGACAGAUCAAUGGGAGGCAUUUAUCCAGUCCAGUCAGCUGCAAAGAUUGGUUGUGACCACAGACCGCUACCCUUUGCACUUCAUGGAGGAUCAGCUGUGCAGGGGCAGGGUGGUGGUGCUCCGGCAUGGCCUGUAGCUGCCCACUGGGUGCACAGGCUCUGGGGUUUCCUGGGUGGUGCUGGGCAAGGUCAGCCCCCACCUGUGUUUUGCCUGGGGCCACCCUGUCUGAGCUAUAAAGCAAUCUGAGAUGGCUGCUACUUUGUGCUGGUUUUGGAGAUAACCAGGCAGAGCCAAGCUGUGAAUCUAAACUGGCUGCUGCUAGUGCCAGGCCUGGGCUGGCCUGGGUCUCACUGAGGCCAGCUGUUCAUCAUUUGAGAGGAUUUAGGAAGUUGUGAAGCGUAAGCCAGGACCACCCAUUCAUAUGGAAAAGCAGCUUGGGUGGGCCAGUUGGUUGGGUGGGGCAGAGUCUCAGGGGAUCUCCAGGGCAGGGCAAACAGUGUAAGUCGGGUUGAUGGAGUCUCAAAUAUGGCACCACCUUGCUGGCUCAGUUGGGUAAGAGUUCAGAAUAGGACAAUGGCCUCUGCUUGCCUUGAUGCCAGAUACUUGUUUCUCCCUAAACACUACUGGUACCUUUCAAGCUUCUACCCCACUGCUGCAGCUCAGAGGGAGUGAGCCUGAGAAGCUAUCUGCAGACCCACCCACGUGCAGAGGAAGGAGCUAGGCACUUGACCUAGGCAUCAUGGCCCACCUGCUGUCCUGCGAAGUGCAGCAGCUGCUCCACAACAAGUUUGUCGUCAUCCUGGGAGACUCUGUCCAGAGGUCUGUGUACAAGGACCUGGUGCUCCUGCUGCAGAAAGAUUGCCUGCUCACCUGCAGGCAGCUCAAGGUCAAGGGGGAGCUGACCUUCGAACAGGACAAGCUGGUGAAUGGAGGCCAGAAGGCUACCAUGCACAACGGCACCAACUACCGUGAAGUCCGGGAGUUCUGCACCAACCACCAUCUGGUGCGCUUCUACUUCCUCACCCGUGUGUACAACGUCUAUGUCCAAGACAUCUUGAAAGAGCUGCAGUCCUAUGAGCAUACCCCGGACGUGGUCAUCAUUAACUCCUGUCUCUGGGACAUCUCCAGGUAUGGGAAGGAUUCCUUUAGCAGCUACCGGAAGAACCUAGAGAACCUGUUCAGGCACCUGGACGAGGUGCUGCCAGAGUCAUGCCUCCUGGUGUGGAACACAGCCAUGCCCGUGGGUGAGAAGAUCACUGGGGGCUUCCUCCCGAGGAAGCAGUCGUCCUUGUCCUUGGAUCUGAAAAAAAAGGUGAUUGAAGCCAACUUCUACAGCUUCAUCGAGGCACAGAAGCACAAUUUUGAUGUGUUGGAUUUGCACUUCCACUUUCGCCAUGCAGAAUUGUACCGCCAGGGCGAUGGGGUACAUUGGGACCAGCGGGCGCACCGACACCUCUCCCAGCUACUGUUGGCCCACAUGGCUGAUGCCUGGGGUGUGGAUCUGCCCUGCCGCCAACCUGUGAGCCAGUUGAUCAGGAGUGGACCUGGACAGGGCGUUGAGAGACAACAGUCCCAGACCAGCAGGAAACAACAGGCCUUAUUACCAUCUCCAUCAUUUUCUCCCAGGCAGCGCCCCCUGCUCCCUUUCCCAGCUCCCCACCUACCCCUGCCCCGACCCCUGCCCCCACAGCCUCUUCCCAUUACCUGUCACCCAGCAGUAAGCCCCCACCUCUUGCCGCAUCCCCAAGACCAGCCUUUCCAGUCCGGUCAGUUCUUUAACCAUCUCCAUUCAGAUGUCCCCUCAUCUACCCAGAGAGGAUUUGAUUUCAAAGCUGAAUUUAUGUUUGAUCCCCAGCCUCCGAGGGUCCCUAGACCCACACCCUAUUAUCAGCAGCCGGCCCCUGUGGUUCACCGGGGUUUUCCCAGGAAUGUACCUCCUGGCCCCUACACACCCUGGAGACAGCCGCCCAGGUCCUACAGGAGGCAGGCCAGAGCCCACCCGGAGCCAAGGCCUCAUUAGGCAGACUCGGGCCUUUUUUCUCUUCACAGACAUGGACUUGACAGAUCAUCUGACUCUGCCUGAUGGACUGAUCUUGUUAACAUAAGUUCAUGAUCCACACUUGGAUUUCCUUUGGUUCUUUGCUGUUACCAGUAAUGUCCGGGAAGAGCGGUCUGACCCCACCUUGUAGGCUCUGGGGCUGAGCAGUUUUUACUCCUGCCUCUCACUCCCUGUUCUCUUUGCCUUUUUGUAAACAGAAAAUGGAAAUUAAAAAGUUGUUUUACAAAAGUA